AUGUUGGAAGAAAAGAUUAUAUUAAAUAUUGGAGGCAUAAAGUAUGAAACUCUUCGAUCAACGCUCACUGCUCAGCCAGAGACAUUACUUGGAACAAUAUUUCAAAAUCAAAGUGAAUAUAUUAAAAAUUCGGUUAAUGGAAAUGAAUAUUUUUUUAACCGUAAUGGCAAAGCAUUUUACUAUAUAAUGGAAUUCUACCGAACUGGAAAGCUUUUAUGGUCCGUUGAAACUGAUGCAUCCAAAGUUACUUAUCAACAGCUUAAAGAAGAACUCGAUUAUUUUAAAAUUAAUAAAUCGAAAACAUUUUCUUCAAUGGCAUCAGAAACUGUUAAAAGCACAAUUGAUCGAUUCAUUUCACACCUUGAAAAAUUAAUCAUUGAUCAUUAUAUAGGAUUUGAAAAUAAAAUUUCUUUAUUGGUUCGUAAUAACAGACUAAUAUCAGAUAGUCGUCUUGGGCAAUUUAAAGAUUGUGCUUUUGAUAUUCUGAGUAAUAUUGGAGGUCAAAUUGGAAAACGUUUAGUUGAAACUUUUUCUGAAUUAGAGCUAAAAUGGGAAUAUCAAAGACAUGGCUAUUCAUUAAUUAAGAUAGAUAUUACUUUUUCUUCACCGGUUGAAAAACUACUAAAAUUUGAGUGUGAUCAAGCCCACAUUAUAUUUCCUCAAGUCCCAAUCAACACAUCAGAAGAAAAGAUUAUUUUAAAUGUUGGAGGCAAAAAGUAUGAAACCUUUCAAUCAACACUCAUAGCACAACCGGAAACUUUUCUUGGUGUUAUGUUUCAAGAUCGAAAUACAUGUAUGAGACAUCCAAUUAAUGGAAACGAAUAUUUUUUUGAUCGUAAUAGUGAAGCAUUUUAUUAUAUAAUGGAAUUUUAUCGAACUGGAAAGUUAACAUUGCCCAUUAUAUCCGGACAAGUUACUCAUAGACAACUUGAAGAAGAACUUGAUUACUUUCAAAUUCCUUUUAAUAAAUCGACAGUGUUGUGUUCAUUGGCUUUAGAAACUGUUAGACAGAAAGUUAGUGACAUUAUUUUGGCCUUUGAAGAAUUGGUCAUUCGUUGUUGCAAUUAUCUUAAAAAUGAUAUUCAAUUAGAAAUUAAACGUAAUUAUGUUCAUAUCAUUGAGAAGGGACAUAAUUAUUUAGAAGAUUUACAUAUAUUUUGUUUACCUAAAUUUACGGGCUCUUAUUAUUCUACUUUGGAUAAUAUGGAUAAACAUAUUGGAGAUCAUUUAGUUGAAGUAUUUUCUGAUUUAGGGCUAACAUGGAAAUUCAGUCGAGCUCAAGAUAAUUCACUUUAUAUUUCUAUCUCAUUUAACAAUGUUUACAAUAUUUUAAAUGAAAGAUAA